CAAAACGCGAGUACAUCAAUCGGUACCACAGUUUUGCAGCUAAUGAAGGGAAGGGUAGUAUUGCAAUUUGACGACGUGGGAGCAUAAAUGGCCCCGACACAUGAGCUGGGAUCGGGAUCAUUCCAGUGCAAAGCAAAGCAGAGUUGAUAUUUGAUAUUGAUUCCGCCUUGCCCGGAUCGAUCUUUAUCGUCAUGGACACCGAAGCUGCAUCGCUCGAGACCAGCGAGAUAUUGGGGACUUUCUUGGCUUCGACGCCGCUGCCGAAGGAGGCGUGGAGGCUGUGCAGCACCGCGAACGCGAUGGGGCGUGGUGCCUUCCUGGUGGAGCAAGUCGGGGGCGUGGGGUACAUGGCAUUCUCUGGUAUCCAAGAUCUGCCGGUGCUCGGUUGGGAUCCGAACUGCAGCAUCCUGGCCCCGCUAGAUGCAGCAGGCCACGGGCUGUUUGCGCUGUUGAAAAGCCAUUGCGACGGCCAGGGGCCAGUCAUAAACCACUCCGGAGUGCUUCACCUCUUCCUUCAUUAUCAUCCGUGCUGAUCUCCAGAGCCAGGUUAGCGAUUUUCGCCGUUCCUGAGAUGUCCCCGCGCCAGUAUGUCGAGAUUCCGUAAGCCUCUGGAUCCGAAGUUCGAAAUACUGUAUGAUUGUGAUCACGGGCCACUCCAUAGGAGGAUCAGCCGCCGUCCUCACAGCUCUUUGGCUUCUCUCCUACCUCAAAUCGAUCUUCUCACCUAUCUCGGUCCUAUUCAUCGGUUCCGGCUCUCCUUUCCCCGGCAACGAGUUGCUUUCCCGAGCCAUCCCUUGCGAAAGUUGGGGUGGCAGCUUCCGCAACAUUGUGUCUACACAUGAUAUCAUGCCGAGGUUUAUCUCUCAACCAAUCACUUGUUCCGACUCCCUAGUGGCAGGCCCUCAUCAGAUUCUGGUACACGUCUAUGACGCGCGAUAUCAUGCCGAGGUUAACUCUGUAAAUGCACGUUUCCAGAUGUUGCGGAAAUCAUGGACACCGAAGCUUCAUCCUAAGAGCCUACUCCCCUCUCCUGCUCACCUUGAUUUCCGGCGUUUCCAUGUUUCCAGCUACAACUACGUUUCUUCCUUCAACAUUUUUGCUCUGUUUUUUUUUUUUGUUGUCUUGGAAAGGCUUGAGACGAGCGUCGCGUUCGCAGCGCUGCCGAAGGAGUCAUGGAGGGUGUGCAGCACUGCGAACGCGAUGGGGUGUGGUGCCUUCGUGGUGGAGCAAGGCGGGGGCGAGGGGGUAUGUGGCAUUCUCAGGCGUCCAAGAGCUGCCGGUGCUUGGUUGGGAUCCGAACUGCGGCAUGCUUGUGCCGCUGGAGGCGGCAGGCCACGGGUUGUUCGCGCCGUUGAAGUCAGGAAAGUCAUCCGCACAUGCGAGGAGCCGGUCGUGGUCCACUCCGGAUUGCUUCACCCCUUCCUUCAUCGUCAUUCGCGCAAUGAUUUUCAAGGCCAGCCGGAGGCUCAAUACUCACUUCUAAAGGACAACUUGGAAUCAUCCUCAACUCUUGAAGCAGAUAUGUUUAUGCCAGGAAUCAUCACAUUGCGAGGUAUUUCAUUGGUUUGUAUUUAAAUUUCAUAUCAU